GAAUCUGCACCACUGAUCGCUGGAACGGGCUGCGUGUGGAGAUGGCUGAUGAGGCGUUGCAUCUGUGUCCGUUCAAUUACUAUUUUUUCUCCCCUCUCUUUCUCCCUCCCUUCCUAUAGUCCAGGUUUUUAUAUUUUACAUAAGAAUGCGCGAGUUCGACAUUACGGGCACUAACGUUUCGUCUCCGAGAUGUAUGGCACAAUGUGACAAAAUGUAAUUAAACGAAUUGUUUAAUUGAAAGAAUAAGUGGCGAGUGUGUCGGGUCGCUCAAUUAUGUUCCGAGAAGUGACAAAGGUACAACGAGCGAGCAAGGUUUAUCUUCGGACGAAGCUGCGGUCUUAUUAUUUACGUGUACUGUAUUAAAACUUUGACGUUCACCGGGGCGUUCGUACACGGAAUCGUCAUUGAUGUCGUCGAAUUUUCUAAUAGCCGCGCUUACCACCCGAGUACAUUUCAGAAAUGCUAACGGGACGCAGCUAACAUUGGAGGAGAAAGCAAGCUCGAGCCUGUCAAAUGCCAACAUCAUAAACUUCGCGUUGCGAAGCGAGCGGCAUUUCAAUGUCAGUUUGUGCUUAACGUUGGUCUGCGCAAUUCUUCUUACAUGGAUUGUCUCGGGAGCUUUCGUCUCUCUCGUCGUAUCGGCGUGUAUUCUGUUACUGCAAUGUAAAUCGUUCGUCACCUCGAUCAAACAGGAUACGUUGUUGGUUGUCGAAUCAGUGGGUGUACAUAUCGAGAGGAAGAGAGGCUUUGGCAUCCUCACGUCGACAGAGUUCUUGCCAUGGGACGUGGUGGAAGAUAUAUUCAUCAAUGAGGUCAUAAAAGGACAAAGAGUGCUCUACUGCCUUACGUUUAUCGUGAACGAAUCGGUCGGUAGACAGGGUUCGAGAAGAUUAGUUCCGUUGUUUCAAGAUUUGUUACCCGAAAGAAAAUGCCUGGAAUACAUGUACCAACGCUUAGCCAGCUUGAUUGGAUCGACAAAACGAAAGAGUCUCUGUUAGUCAUUCCUGGCGCUUAUUGGCUGUGCCACAAGAAGAGCAUAUACAAGUUUAUCUUUAGAUACCACCGCACAAUGAAAAAUACCACGCGAUUUUCAUACGGACGAGAAUUAUUCAAGAUCAUUAGGAGAAUCAUCAAGUGUCAUCCGACGCAGGGUCAACAAUUUGGUACCCAGCACCUUCUCGUCACUUACAACUGUACAUUUUGGACUCGACAGGACAAGAUGUUUGCAAUAAUGAAAUUCCAGCAGCGCAAUAACGCUGCGGCGUUUUCACACGCGUUUGUAUUAACGAUAAAGACUUUUCCUUCGUUGGAGCACUCGUUAUUUGAUUUGAAGUAUCCGAUUGUGAAAGAAGCUGACGCAGGUACUACUUUUAAAGAUUUGAAUGCCUCCUUGGAUACCGAGGAGAAAAUUAUCAGUACUGUGAUACCUGCCACUGACAAGACGUCUUCAAGAAAAUCCGCGAUAUGUCAAAGUAAAAAAAUAGAUCAAAUUGCAACAUACAAUGCUAUUGAGGAUAUGUUGAGCGAAGCUUUGAAAACAACAAUUGAUUCUAAUUUUAAAGAUGAUGGCAUAAGGGACUCUGCAAUCUUUCAAGAAAAUCUGGGUGAGAGAAGUGACACAACAGCGGAAAUGCAGCUUGAUAAUACGGAACAUAAUACAAAAUUUCGUUACAUACAAGAAAGUAAGUCUGUAAACUGUAAUGCUGAAAGAUGUGGGAAAAAUUUAGAACAACUUUCUAUUGAUGGUUUACAAGAACAAUCCUUAAGAGCGAAGGAAAUAGAUGAAACUGAAAUUGAAAAUGCACAAAUAAAAGAGGACAAAAAAUCAAACUUAGCAAUACAAAAACAAACCCAACAUAUUCAAGAUGUUCAGAAAUAUAAAGUAUCUUCUUCGUCGAAACCUUUUACAGAAACAAAAGAUAGCAAUGAUUGGCUGCUAUCAAAUAAACUCCAUUUUGAUGAAAAGUUAAUAGAGAAAGAUGAUACGUGCACUACCAUUAACAAAGACAGUUUAGAUGAUGAUAAAAAGACGUCUAGAGAAAUUAUAGGUCCUAACAAUGUACCGAGAUAUCAAUAUUUUACUGAGAUGGAGGUAGAAGAUGUAGAAUCUAACUCGAUUAUGGAUCAACAUAAGAAUCUGCAGACUGAGAUGAAGAAUAUAAAUAAAGGUUGUGUUCCAAAAACGAUUAAAGAAAAUAGCAAGUCUACACGCACGAAGCAAAAGGAAAUUUACAAUAAAAUGACAAACUUAGAAUAUCAGGCAAAUGACGGACAGCAUACUGGAACUUCACUGAAUACUGACGAUAAACAAUCGGGAGAUAAUAUGCACAGUAAGUCGUGCAAGACUCGUAAACAAAAAAGUAGGGAAUCCGAGAGAAAAACCAUACCUGACAAGGUUCUGCGUUCCUCUAAUAUUACCGAUUUAGUGAUGGAGGGCCUAAUGUUUACUAUACGACAAGAUCAGGAUAGCGUGGCCGUCAUUGAACAAAAGACCAAAUUAGAAGUGGAUGAAGUCUUGGAAAAUUCUGAGAAAGUUGAAACGAAGGCUGGAGAAAAGUGUCUGUUAAAUUCCAGCUUACUGAGAUUGGAGAACUUGGUAACCAUGAUAGAUUCUCCACGCAAUAGAAACGAACAAUAUAAGAAUCGCCAUGGAAUCAGCAAAAGUGCAAAUCCACCAUCGUUUAAUACUUAUUCUAACGACGCUGUACACAAUGUAAAUAUUAAUUUCGUAGAUACGGGAAUGUACAGAUUAAGCGUGUCCAAUUAUGAUAGACAUAGCGCGAGGAAUCAUUUAAAUCUGUAUCAGCAUCCAUGCGUUCCCUCUAACAUUAAGAAUAAUAGUGAUAGUUGCUUAGCAGGAAUUGUGACAGAACAUGAACAAUUCAAGGAAAGGCAAGAUUGUGACAACAAGCGAGACAAAAGACAUAAAAAUAAUAUCGAAUUGAGAAAACAAGGGGAUGUUAUUCCCGAGACUUCAUCAUCUAAGAAACUUAAUGCAUGCCUGCGAGAUACGAAUUCACCGAUGAUCACAGAUAUCGAAGACAGCCAUAAGGAAUCGAUGGAAGGAUAUUAUAAUUCGCUGCCACCGUAUUCCUCAUUAAAUCCAAAUGAAAUAGCUACGAAGACAACUUCUGUAAUCUCUAAGGAAUCCAGUUUAAUGAAAUCACUUCGGCAGGAGGUAAAUGUACCGAGGAUAGUUUCGGAUAAGGCUAUUACUAUUGAGCAAAUGCCACCAGCCUUGCAGAAGACCCUGCGACACACAUGCAGAGCACGCAGGUUUUCCUCAACAAUUAAUAGUGAAACGUUGCGGCAGAACGAGCGGAAACUGCAACACGUGGCGUUAUCGAAGAACACGAUUUCCGAAGCGGAUGUCUUAUUAAAGGACAAUAGUAUGGAUCCCAAUAUAGCGAAUAACUCAUUGUCUACGAAAUUGACAAUUAAUUCUGAAAAAGUAAAGAGUGACGGCGUGGAAGCUUGCGUAACGCUCGAUGAGGAUGUUCCAAGACCCAAUAGAGAUACGCGCGUGAGGAGUUCGAAGAGAAAAAACGAGACUCGCACCUUACGAAAGGAUUCGUCAUCGAAGCGCGGUUCGCCAAGAAAAUUACAGGAUAUCACGGAGGAGUUUUAUUACGACUUGUUGCAUGUACAUAACAAAGACAAUGCCAUUCGACAGAGAUGCCUGAGACAGAAACAAAGAUCGUUGAACAAUCUCGACAACGUGAAGAGUGGCGGCAAAGUUCGUAUAGAAAUGUUAAAGUUUAUUCAGGACAUCACGGAGGGUGCUAGAGUAGUGGUGAGACGGCUGAAUAUAGACAAUAAAUCCAAUUUGUUAGGGAAAAAUUCUAAUUUAAUUUAACAUUUUUAAUAUUUUAUUAUAAUAAAUAUUUAAUUUGACUAUGUAAAAUUUUAACUAUGUGCGCUCAUUAAAAAUUCAGUCCGUAAGGGAAUAGUUUUACUUCACUCGCACUCGCGUGCAUUAUAUGUAUAUUACAUGUUCUUCAUCACGACGAAUU